UAAUAAAAAAUUGAACUAUCGUGAAAAACUAACAUACAAACACAAAUGUUUUUACCAUCGAGUUUCUUAAUAGGUCGAUUUACUCUAUUUUUUAAGCUAACGAAGCUAUACGUGAUCUGCUGAGCGUAAAUUUACCAUGUUACGCAACGCACUUGUUAGACGUAUACAACAAAUACCAGUGUUACGUUCUCUACAUAGGCUUUUUAUUAUAUGUAUUUUAAUUUUAAAGCGAGUUAUGAACACAUUUAAAGAUGUACAAACAAUUUACAAUUUUAAAAUCAAUUUUGUCAAAAACUUUUUAUACCAAAAACAACUUGCAAAGUUGAAGUUUGAAAUGUGUUUUCCACUAGGUAGGUACGAGUAUAAAAGGUUUUUUUGCAAAAUAUUAAAUUCAUCGUUUCGAUUAGUACUUAAUGUUUAAUUAAACAGAUUAGUUUAAUUUAAUGACGUCUACCUUACGCCCAAAAAAUUUCCUAAUCAUUUAGGUAUAUAAAAACAAAAAUUACUACCUACGUUUCAGAAAGCUCUAUAAUAUUAUAAGCUAACUCAUUGUAAAUAACGAGAAAUACGGAGAAAAUUCACGAAAGUUCUAUAAACAUAUUUACACCAUUGUAGUAUUAUAUUUAUAUAAAUAUAGUAAUAGCAGCGAAAACUAUAUAAUAUGUGUCACAGCUCUUAGUGGUGAAGUAGGGGGUAGGGGGAUGGCACGGCGACCAGAGCAGCGCUCGUGAAUCGUAUCGAAUCUUCUCGAACGUUCGGUCAGAUAUAUAAACGUUAGCAGCGCGCUGCCCGCCGUCAGUUACUCAGUUUACAGUUUGAAUUUGAAGCAGUAAAGUGCGACUCGUUGUCCGUUGAACGAGGCAUACAUAAUACUACUUGGCUACUAUUUAACGCGACUUUCAGUGUUAUUCACGAAUUUUCCAUUGCGGUUUUAUACACAAAGUGAUUUUAAAUCGUUAUCUAAUUGCUGUACUACCUGCGUAUACGUUUUAGUUUGAAUUAUCAAAUUAAUUUUCGUAUUAAUUGUGCGUGAAUUAUAUCGACAAUUAUUGGCGAAAUGGUUGGAAAAACAGCCAUCGGUAUCGACCUGGGUACCACCUAUUCCUGCGUGGGUGUCUGGCAACACGGAAAAGUAGAGAUCAUCGCCAACGAUCAAGGUAACAGGACCACCCCGAGUUAUGUGGCAUUCACGGACACUGAACGGUUGAUCGGCGACGGUGCUAAGAACCAGGUGGCAUUGAACCCCGUCAAUACGGUAUUCGACGCCAAACGGUUGAUCGGCCGUCGCUUCGACGACGAUAAGACGCAAGCGGACAUCAAACACUGGCCGUUCAAAGUGGUGGACCACUGCGGCAAGCCUAAAAUCCAAGUUGAAUUCAAAGGUGAGCGGAAAGUGUUUGCGCCGGAAGAAAUCAGUUCGAUGGUUCUGACGAAAAUGAAGGAGACUGCGGAAGCGUAUUUGGGCCGUGACGUUACGGACGCUGUCAUCACGGUGCCGGCGUACUUCAACGAUUCACAGAGACAAGCGACCAAGGACGCGGGGGCUAUAGCCGGCCUGAACGUGAUGCGAAUAAUUAACGAACCGACAGCUGCGGCUUUGGCGUACGGCCUGGACAAGAACCUGAAAGGAGAGAGGAACGUGUUGAUAUUUGAUUUGGGCGGUGGCACGUUUGACGUGUCCGUUCUGCAGAUCGACGAGGGUUCCAUAUUCGAAGUGAAGUCGACAGCGGGUGACACACACUUGGGCGGAGAAGACUUCGACAACCGGCUGGUGUGUCAUUUUGCCGAAGAGUUUAAGAGGAAAUCCAAGAAGGAUGUACGUACCAAUCCGAGAGCGUUGAGACGGUUGAGAACAGCCGCCGAACGGGCUAAGAGAACGUUGUCAUCUAGCUCGGAGGCCACAAUAGAGAUUGACGCUCUGAUGGAAGGUAUCGAUUUCUACACCCGGGUGUCCCGAGCCCGUUUCGAGGAGCUGUGCGCAGAUCUAUUCAGAUCGACUCUGCAGCCGGUGGAGAAGGCGUUAGCUGACGCCAAGUUGGACAAGGGUGACAUACAGGACGUGGUGCUCGUGGGUGGUUCGACGAGAAUUCCAAAAAUCCAGAGUCUCCUUCAAAAUUAUUUCUGUGGCAAACCGCUCAACCUGUCAAUCAACCCCGACGAAGCGGUAGCCUACGGUGCCGCAGUACAGGCGGCCAUUCUUAGUGGCGACACGAGUUCUGCGAUUCAAGACGUGUUGCUCGUUGACGUUACUCCCCUGUCACUAGGCAUCGAGACUGCCGGCGGCGUGAUGACUAAAAUCGUCGAUCGCAAUUCCACUAUUCCGUGCAAACAAACUCAAACGUUCACUACUUACGCGGACAACCAACCGGCCGUCACCAUCCAGGUGUUCGAAGGGGAAAGAGCCAUGACUAAGGACAACAAUCUGUUGGGAACGUUCGACCUGACCGGCAUACCUCCGGCUCCCAGGGGUGUACCCAAGAUCGAGGUGACUUUUGACAUGGACGCCAACGGAAUUUUGAACGUGUCGGCCAAGGACAACAGCUCUGGGCGCUCCAAGAACAUCGUCAUCAAGAACGACAAGGGUCGACUGUCUCAGGCUGAAAUCGACCGUAUGCUCAGCGAGGCCGAACGGUACAAAGAAGAGGACGAACGACAAAAAGUCAAGAUCGCUGCCAAGAACCAGUUGGAGAGCUACGUAUUUGGUGUUAAACAGGCGUUGGACGAAGCCGGAGACAAGUUAACCGAAUCAGAGAAGAAUACAGGCAAACGGGAAUGCGACGCGGUCGUCCAGUGGUUGGACAACAAUCAGUUGGCAGACAAGGAAGAGUAUGAGUACAAACUAAAGGAAAUUCAAAAGAGCUGCUCGGCCCUGAUGAUGAAGAUACACGGUACUGGACAAGCCGGCGAUGUGCCUGCCGGUGCUCAUGGAUUCCCAGGUUCUAGAGGACCUACCAUUGAAGAAGUCGAUUAAUUCCUUUAACAAUGUAAUCUUAUUUACGCUUGUAUAUACUUACCAUUGUUAACUAUAUCCUAUAUUUUGAUUUCUACUGUAAGGUAUUCACUAGAUUUAAGCUAAGACUGAUUUUUAUAUUGUAAUAUUUAAGUAAGUUUUUACAAAAAAAAUAUAUUUAUUAGCUGUAUAGUCUGUAUACAUUUUGCCUUUUUAUUUAUCCUAGAUAAAGUUCUUUGUAUGGUAUUUUAUGUUGAUGUAAAAUGUUUAAAAUAUUAUAGUAACUAGGUACCUACCAAAUUGUAUAUUGAAAAUUACAAAAUUACAAAUUGUUGUAAGUUGAUCCUUGUAUCCUGAAUAUAAUUAAUAUUACUCUCAAGUCAUAAUGUAAUAAAUUUGAAUACAAUAAGCUCAAGAGGGGGGGGGGGUAUUUACCCUAUCACUCCCCUCCCCUUGAUUUGCUACGGAGUGAGUAUCACUUUGCUUGUACAGUAGGUGUCCAGAGUGAUCAUUAAAAUGAAUAUGUUAAAUUUGAUUUUACAUAUUAAAAUGAAUAUAAUUCCUAUAAUGAUAUGACAAUUUUCUCUAUCAUUCACAUAAUAGAGUUAAAUAGAUUAUUCAAGACUUAAAUUUUGUUAUGUUAUGUUAUGUAUUUGUAAGAUGGAGACAAUGCAUGCAGUCGUGGGUGUACCGUAGUCCUCUAAACACUUUAUUGGUUAAACUCAGUGCUCAAGGAAUGCCUUCUUUGGUCCUUGGGUAUAUUACUUUGGCGUAAACCAGCAAUGUAAAGGGGAAUAUUGCUUGUUAAAGAAUCUAAACUGUUCCCUCAGUAUGUGGUAAUUGGUAAUUUACACUUCUAAGGAUUACUUCCAAAAUUAGAAAUUUAAUGCAUCCUAUAUGUUGUACAUUUUAGCUCAAAUGGUAUUUCUAAGCAUAGCAAAAAGAUACCGACAUUACUUAGAAUUGUAUUUUGAACACAUAAUUGUUAGU